GUUUGGGGAAGUGUUUGGGACUUCAGUGCACCCGCAGAGCAGCAGCAGCAGCAGCAGCAGCAGCAGCAGCAGCAGCAGCAGCAGCAGCAGACAGAGGUGACAGCUUUGUAAUGAGAACGCCGAGCGUUACAAGAAGCAGAGAGAAGUGAGAAUCUUGUUGAGUGUUGUUAACGAUACAAAUAAAUAGAAAAUGGGGAAACUUCUUCUCUUUUUCCUCGUUUUUGUUCUCUGUCUGAGCGGUACUCUUCAGAACAACGGGAACAGCUCGGGGGUUUUGGUUGCUGUGCCCAGAACAUUUUCAGGGGUGCCAGUCAUUCAGACAAAAUCCUUUGUUGUCCUGAACGGGACACAAGCUCCCAUUUCAUCUCGUUCCCCUCCAGCACUGCAGUCCCUAAGCAACACCACAGCCGGGUUCCUCCACGGCGCCCUGAGCACGCGGGUCAUCCCCGUUAUUUAUUUGUUGGCGGUCACUGUCGGGAUCCCAGCCAACAUCGCCAUCUUGUGCACGCUGGCCACUAAAAUCAGAAAGGUGUCCUCCGCCAUCCUCUACUGCAGCCUUGCCGUCUCCGACCUCUUCCUCCUCUUCUCCCUCUUCUUCAAGGCUCACUACCAUUUCCAUGGAAACCACUGGGUGUUCGGAGAGGCUGCGUGUCGCGUGGUCACGGCCUGUUUCUAUGGCAACCUGUACUGCUCUGCCCAGACGCUGGCGUGCGUCAGCAUCAAGCGCUACCUGGCUGUCGUGCACCCGUUCAUGUACAAGAGUCUCCCCAAGAGGGCGUUCACCGCCUGGGUCAGCGUGGCUGUGUGGGGGGUGUUUGGCGCCGCCGUCGUCCCCGAGCUCCUCGUCCAGCAGAGCUAUUGGCUCCCUGAGGUGGAGCGCAUCACCUGCCAUGACGUGUUGCCCCAGCACUAUGACUCCCACAUCUUCCUGCUCUACUACAACCUGUUUCUAACCGUGAUCGGCCUCCUGCUGCCCCUGGUGGUCACGGUCGUGUGCUUCGCCCGGAUCGUGUGUGAGCUCAACCGAUCCCACCACGACUGGGCGAUGUACAUCAAGGCCAGCUCCCUGGUGUUUGUCAUCUUCUUGGUGUGUUUCGCUCCCGCCGGAGUCCUGCACUUCCUCCAUUACGUGCAACUGUUUGUGGAUGGAACAGAGAGUUUGUACGUGCACUUUAAAGUGGCGGUGUGUUUGUGCUGCCUCCAUGCCUGUCUGGACCCCUUCCUCUUUCUCCUCAUGUCCAAGUCUGUAGGCUGCAGGCUUUACUCCAGGGCCUAUAAAGGAAAGACCCUGAGUUUAUCUGUCUAAGAGCGACCCACGUGGUGCCAAAAACUGCUGAUUUUGCAGCAGAUAAAUAGGGAAAUGUUCUCUGUGGCUGGAAUCCAAAGAGAAAGCAAAAUUGCAUUGACUGUAAAUAUGACAAACAAGCAAUGGCCAGACUUUGUUGUUACAUUAAUUGUGUUCUCCGCAAGUAGAAUAAAUAUAUUUUUAUAUAGCGAUAGUUUUCUUGUGUGUGAGUCUGUGCCAAAAAGAGGGAAUGGAUGGUAAAUGUGAUAAUGUAUAAUGUGUUGUAAAAAGGAAAGAGUAUGCAUUUAUAUAUAAUAUAAUACAUGGUUUUGUUUCAUAGUUUUAUAACAAGAGUGUUGUUUUUAUUAUUUUCAUUCUGUAGAAUUCGGAGGAAAUAAUAACACAAAAUAUAGUUUUUUAAUAUUUGAGUUGAAAUUGAAAUUGAGAUGUACAUCUAACAAGGAAUAACAUGAAGCAGAUUGAUUUUAGAAAACGAGCCUCGAAGGCUUUUCUGUAUUCCUGUUAUCAGAUAUUGAGCUAUGACGAUUAAACCAUAAUCUAUGGUGUCCAACGUGGAUGUUUUGUUUAUAGCCCAGAAAUAACUGAAGCCAAUUUCACUUUGGCAUUUCCUGCUCAGCCUGUAACCGGAUGCAGUAUGCACACACACACACACACACACACACACACACACACACACACACACACACACACACACACACACACACACACA